UUACAAGAUAGCAAAAUGUGACAUGUUGUUGUCUGCAAAACGCAUGUUUUGCUGCUUUUGCAAUGGCCAUUCUGUAACAAUGGUGGAAGUUAUAGAUUCUUGAAAUUGCAGUAUUUAUCCAUCUCAAUAUUCGUGUUUUGGUGAUACUCUGUGAGCUUGUUAACAGGAUUAUCUUUUAUAAGGUCCUCAAAUGAAAUCCUCUGUAAUCAUUCAUCAUUCUCCAACUGUUUUAAUACUGGGUAUCUUCUAAAGAAUGAGCACAAGUGGUGGAGUGUUUUCUCAUGCUAUUUGAAAAUUCUUUACUAAGCGUCCCUGGAAAUGCAGAACUGCUGUUGGCGGUUACAUCUCUCUGAAAUUUUGUGACAUUGCUUUCCCGAUGAAGGCCCCUGCUUUUCGGCAUUUGCCAGUAAAUCAUGUCUGCAGGAGGAGAGGGAGAGAGGAUAGAAGAAUCGUUUCCUUUUCACAAGGAUGCACUCUUGUGGCUGUAUAAUGUCAACUUAUAUCUUUAACUUCCCAUUCAAGACCUUUUCAUUUAUUACUGAUGCCUGGGGGAAAUGUUGAUGGGGAACCCUUUGCUGUGCAGAUGGGGGAUGUGGCCAAGGAUUUGACCGCAGGAACAAUUGGUGGGGCAGCACAAUUGAUUGUUGGUCACCCCUUUGAUACCAUCAAGGUCAAGCUCCAAAGUCAGCCAGCUCCAGCCCCCGGCCAACCUCCCAGGUACUCAGGUGCUAUGGAUGCAGUCAGACAAACAUUAGCUGCCGAAGGCCCGAGGGGUUUGUACAAAGGCAUGGGGGCCCCACUUGCCACAGUGGCAGCCUUCAAUGCCGUCCUCUUCACCGUAAGGGGCCAAAUGGAGGCACUACUGAGGUCCAAACCCGGUGUCCCUUUAACCAUCGACCAGCAGGUUGUUUGUGGCGCGGGGGCUGGAAUUGCUGUUUCCUUCCUUGCUUGCCCUACUGAAUUAAUCAAGUGCAGGUUGCAGGCGCAAAGCGCACUGGCAAGUGCUGGCUCCACUACUACUGUGGCAGUUAAAUAUGGAGGACCAAUGGAUGUGGCGAGGCACGUUCUGAGAUCGGAAGGUGGUACGAGAGGUCUGUUCAAGGGCUUGGUUCCCACUAUGGCCCGUGAAGUACCAGGGAAUGCUGCAAUGUUCGGUGUCUACGAGGCGAUCAAGCAGUACCUGGCUGGAGGGCAGGAUACUUCUGGAUUGGGAAGGGGGUCGUUAAUUGUGGCUGGAGGCCUGGCAGGAGCAUCCUUUUGGGCUUUGGUCUACCCAACUGACGUUGUGAAGAGUGUGAUACAGGUAGAUGGCUACAAAAAUCCAAAGUAUUCGGGUUCUCUCGAUGCUUUUAGAAAGAUUCUGGCCUCAGAGGGUGUCAAAGGACUGUACAAGGGUUUCGGACCUGCCAUGGCCAGAAGUGUUCCCGCGAAUGCCGCAUGCUUCUUGGCUUAUGAAGUGACGAGAUCGAGCUUGGGAUGAAUUGGGCCAAACACAUUGUUGCUUCUGUGGGAUUUCCUUUAGUAUCUAAAGAAUGGGGCCAUCGCAGGAUAUGCUUCAGCAAUUUGGUUGCAGAAUCUCGAUUCUUGGAAAAUCUUGUAAUUGUCACUCAAUUGAUGAUGACAAAGUUAGUUGCAUUUUUAUGCAGCAAUUGCAGGGUCUUCAUUUUGAAA